GUAUUUAUUUUAUUAUCCUCUUCGUUCAAACUUAAGAAACUCGAAGCCCAAAACUUCGAGCUUUACCCCUCGCCUUCCAAUGGCGGCCAUGGCGACCUCCUCCUCGUCCCCAUUCUCCACCGCUCUCCCACCCUCUCGGCUCUCUCGUUCAUCCUCUCUUCUCUUACCCCCUUUCCUUCUCCGUUCCGAACUCUACUGCCGGCGCCGCUGCCGGCGUCUCUCCUCCCUUGCCUUUUGUCUUGUUCCUUCUCGAUCGCCCCGUGUCUCUACUGCACCUGUGGAGCAGGCCCUAGCACCGUGCCUUGAUUUUAUUGAGGAGAUUUCCCGCCUAGACUCCCUCCGCUCCCGCCUCCGUGUUGCUCGGUCUCUCUCAGAUAAACACAGGGUUCUUGAUUCCGAUGAUAGGGUUAAGGGUUUAUUAAAAUCUCUGGGACGAUCACGAUGGUUUUCCAGGGUUUUGUCCUCUUUGGAGCCUUGGGAGGUGCUUCUGAUUAAGUGCUUGGUUGCCGCCGGCCAGGGGCAUGUGCUUGGGGUGGAGUUUGAUUACGAAGAGGUCAGAGCGGAUGGGAGUGCGCUUAAGAGCGCGUUGUAUGCAUUGGCAGAUAUGGUGGAGAAGUGGAGUCUUGAUGGGAAUGUUACUGUUGAUGAUCGGGAUGUUGAUAUGGAGCUGCUCAGGCGGCUUCUGAAUAAUUUGGAUGAGAUCGAGCGGUUCUAUGAUUGCAUUGGAGGUAUUAUUGGGUACCAGAUAAUGGCUUUAGAGUUCUUUUUUUCUUUCAAAACUACAAAGCCUGGUAUAAGUUGGUCCCCUCAAUCAAACAAAUCACUCAAGAGUCAGUUUGUCGAAAUUCAUGUUCCCGAAGGUCUCAAUCUUGUGGAAAAUGCAGAGUAUGCAUCUCAGGCAGCUCUUUGGGGAAUCCAGGGGUUGCCGGAACUUGGAGAAAUCUAUCCACUUGGAGGUGCUGGGGAUCGACUUGGUUUGGUUGAUCCUUAUACAGGUGAAUGUCUUCCUGCUGCAAUGCUUCCUUAUUGUGGAAGGACUUUAUUGGAAGGUCUAAUAAGAGAUUUGCAGGCUAGAGAAUUUCUUCAUUUCAAGAUUUUUGGCAAGCAAUGUAUAACCCCUGUCGCAAUAAUGACUAGUUCUGUAAAGAACAACCAUGAGCAUAUAACAGCACUUUGUGAAAGGCUUGGAUGGUUUGGGAGGGGUCAUCAAAAUUUCAAUCUUUUUGAACAGCCUUUGGUGCCAGUUGUUACUGCCGAAGAUGGUCAAUGGUUGAUUAGCAGACCAUUCUCCCUAGUUGGCAAACCUGGUGGUCAUGGUGCAAUUUGGAAGCUUGCACAUGAUAAAGGUAUUUUCCAGUGGUUCUAUCGUCAUGGAAGAAAAGGUGCAACUGUGCGACAAGUCAGUAAUGUUGUCGCUGCAACAGAUUUGACUCUUUUGGCAUUGGCUGGAAUAGGACUACACAACAAAAAGAAAUUAGGUUUUGCCUCAUGUCAGAGGAGCUUUGGAGCUACUGAAGGAAUAAAUGUUCUCCUUGAGAGACAGAAUUCUGAUGGUGACUGGGAGUAUGGGCUGACGUGUAUUGAGUAUACUGAGUUUGAGAAGUUUGGCAUCAGGGACGCACCUAUUUCUCUUGGCAGCUUGCAGGCAGGGUUCCCUGCCAACACAAAUAUUCUUUAUGUUGAUUUGCAUUCUGCUGAAGAAGUUGGAUCAAGUCAGAAUGCAAGCAGCUUACCUGGCAUGGUAUUGAAUAUGAAAAAGCCUGUUUAUUAUUUGGAUCAUUUUGGAGUUCAGCACAGUGUCUCUGGUGGGAGGCUGGAGUGCACAAUGCAAAAUAUUGCGGAUAGUUUUCUUAACAUAUUUGCCACUAGGUGCAGUAAAAGCAUAGAAAGUGCUCUUGACUCAUUUAUCAUAUAUAAUGAAAGAAAAAGAGUUACCUCAUCAGCUAAACGGAAACGAAAACAAACAGACACAUCACUACACCAGACACCAGAUGGUUCUCUAUUGGAUAUCUUGCGGAAUGUUGCGGAUAUUCUUUCCCGCUGUAACAUAACACUUCCUAAGGUUGAAGACAACAUUAAGUACUUGCAAUCUGGUCCUCCUUUUCUCAUUCUUCUUCAUCCUGCUUUGGGUCCACUUUGGGAGGUUACUCGACAGAAGUUCUUUGGUGGCUCCAUCAUGGAAGGAUCUGAGUUGCAAAUUGAGGUGGCAGAGUUUAUGUGGAGAGAGGUUCAGCUUGAUGGAAGUCUUCUUGUCAUUGCUGAGAACAUUAUGGGUUCUACUCAGGCUAUUGAAAAUGGUGAACCACUCAUGCAAUAUGGACGCAGAUGUGCAAGGUGUAAAUUGCAGAAUGUCACGGUCCAUAAUAAAGGAAUUGACUGGACUUCUGCUAACAAUGUCUACUGGAUGCAUAACGUUCAACGAUUCGAGAGUUUAAAGGUUAUCCUGCAAGGGAAUGCAGAAUUUGAGGCAACCGAUGUAGUCUUACAGGGCAAUCAUGUAUUUGAAGUGCCAAAUGGCCACCGGAUGCAUGUCACUUCUGGUGAUUCAGGCAUUGUUAUCAAGCUAGAACCAAUUAAAGAGGAAAUGAUGGAUAGUGGAAGCUGGUUCUGGAAAUACAAACUAAAUGGAACACACAUUCAGUUAGAAUUGGUGGAGUUGUAGGCAGGCAAUUGAGAAUAAUGAUCAGUUUCUUUAACUGAGGAUAGCAGUUAAUAAGCUCAUCACCUUCACUUGCUUGAACAGAAGUUCAACCAUCCUAGAGGUGUUGUCUCCUUAGCUCAGUUUUGUAGCAUAACAAGUACUUCUAACUCAUUCUAAAGCCCAGACUUGAGUUGGAAGUCCAGCAUUCAUAUUAAAGAACCAUGUAUGUAGUGCUCUCUCCAUGUCUGUGAAUUAUUCUCAACAGCUUCCAACUUCUUCUUUUUCCGGCAUAGCUAAUGAUCAAGGUUUUGUUGGUGAUGCUGCUUAUGGAGGAUGCAAUGUUGUUAUUCUUCUUUUUAUAGUACUAGUUCUUGUAGUCAAUCUUAUGUGUAUAUUUCUCACUGUAAUUUAUUCUUUGUCACCUUAUUGUGUUCAUUCAAAAGGCAAUUCAUCUGUUGUCACUCCUGA